GUACAAGUCUUGUGCAGAUUAAAUAGAUUGGAACGCUACGUCUCCAUAGGUGAUUCCGUCGACAUCGUCUGCCCAUUCUAUGAAGCUGAUGUCGACUUUAUGGACACUGAACAAAGUAUCAUCUACAGGGUAUCAGAAGCUGAUUAUGAAUCUUGCACGCUUUCAUCGGCAGCACGAGAAUUGGGCAGAUGUACUGCACCGAUGAGGCGAGACAAAGUGAAAGUGUCGUUCAGAUUACUCAGUCCCAAUCCAUCGGCUCUGGACUAUCGACCCGGUCAAAGUUACUAUUUUAUAUCUACUUCCACAGGAACCCCAUGGGGUCUUGACAAUACCCGAGGCGGAUUGUGCUCAACUAAUCAGCUCAAAAUGAUUAUCCAUGUAGGAGCAUACGGUCAUCAUCAUCGCCAUCACAGAAAACCUCCCACAAGCACCACCACCGAAACGCCACCUCAGGAAGAUUCAGAAUGGCCGGCUGAUCCACUAUGGACACAAUUUUUCGAUAAGGUCAAAAGCGUCGGAAACUCCUUGUGGUCUAGCGUAACCAGAGGUGAGCGACUCUCACUGGACACGGGUAGUCGACGCCAUGAAUACGAAUCGGUUCCGUUCAAUGACGAGAUGGAAUUCCAAAUACACGAAAUUGGUGAAGUUGAAGUACGUCCUCCAUACGUCAGAGUCUUCCUACCGAUCUGA